CUUCGCCAUGUUUCCUUGAUCAUAACAUUGCCAUCCCGAAGAAACUUUUUGUUUAAUUUUGAGGAUGUCUUAACUGCAACUGUCUCUGCCGAUUCGUAAUUCCAAAUGAAUUUACCACGAACUGACCAGUCAUGGCGUGUUUAGAAAAUCUGAAACAGGACAUACGGAUCCUGGAGAGCACUUUCCCUAGACAAAACGAACGGUUUCAGAUUCUGACAGUCUCGGUUGACGAGAUAUCGUGUCGAUUUAUUGACAGAAAUGGUGACAAACACCGUAUUCAUGGCAAUAUCACGGAAACAUAUCCACAGAUGGCUCCAAUGUGGUACAUAGAUGAUGACGAUAGUUACAUCAGUGCUGCAAUUCAAGAACUGGAAAGGGCCCCACCAACUAAAAACAAUAUUUUGCAACAAGUAAAGAUGUUAGUAACAACACUUUGUCGUCUGAAUGAAGUCCCUGUACCUGAUGCCAUGUCCCAUAUAGAUCAUGCAUUGACAGAAAGGGGCAUGGUGAUUUCUGAUGAGGAUGAGGAUGAUGAAGAUGAGGAACAGGAAGUAGAAGAUGAUGAUGGAGAAGAGGAAGUUUGUCAUGAUGACAUGGAGGAAGAUCCUCAAAAUGACCAGAGAAUGAAGGAGGAGGUAGCUGGUAUUGAUACAGACAAUUUAAUGGUAUUAGAACGAUUAAGACAGAAUCAGAGACAAGAUUAUCUUAAGGGUUCUGUGUCAGGAUCCGUGCAAGCUACAGAUCGUCUAAUGAAAGAACUGCGAGAUAUAUAUCGUUCAGACAGUUUUAAAAAAGGAAUCUACACAGUAGAUCUAGUCAAUGAUUCACUUUAUGAGUGGAGUAUUAAGUUAAAAAAAGUGGAUCCAGAUAGCUCUUUGUACACUGAUCUUCAAACCUUCAAGGAAAAGGAAGGCAGGGACCACAUUCUUCUCAAUUUUACUUUUAAGGACAACUAUCCUUCAGAGCCACCGUUUGUACGAGUGAUAACUCCUGUAUUACAAGGAGGCUAUGUACUAGGAGGAGGAGCCAUCUGUAUGGAGCUUCUUACACGACAGGGAUGGAGCAUAGUAUACAGUAUGGAGUCAGUUAUUAUGCAGAUUGCAGCAACUCUUGUGAAAGGAAAAGCUAGAAUCCAGUUUUCUGCAUCAAAGAAUCAGUACAGUUUAGCUAGAGCCCAACAGUCUUUCAAAUCUUUAGUGAAGAUUCAUGAAAAAAAUGGAUGGUUCACUCCCCCUAAAGAAGAUGGUUAAUAACUAUUAAUGGCUGUUUUUCCUGUGACAUUUUAAAUCAUCCUCAUGCUGAGACUUUCUAAAAAGGAGAAUCACCUUUGUUGCCUACUUUGCAGUACAUGUGUCCUUGUACUGAUGAACAUUCUAGAACACAUUUCACGGAGAAAUGGAUUCAUUAUCAUACGCAGCAUUUGUCGGCUAUCUUCUGCACAGCUGAAUUUGUUUGAUGGACACAAUGCAGUUGACUGACAUUUUUUGAUGAAGAUGCUCUGCACUGCUAAAGACGAGUGUUGUAUACAUGCCAAGACCCAGAAUCCUCAAAACAGACUCCAGAUUGUUUGUUCCUCAUGUCAUAAAGCCUAUAUUUAUUGAUCUGUAGUUAGUUACACCUAGAAUUUCGACCAUGUCUUAUCAACAGGACCGCUUUUGUAUGGUUUGCUUUUCUUGUCAUACCUGUAGCAUAUCACAAAAACAAUAUGCUGAAAUGCUGGCAUUUAUCACUUUAAGAUUGAAAUUUUUGGAUUUGGAAUCGUUUGUCAUUUGCUGCUACAAAAUCCCUAUAAAAAAAAAAUAGUACCAGUUAUAUAAAGUGACGGUUAGACUUGACCAGUUGCUAUUUCUGAGGAGGUGUCAGUAAUGAUAAACUUUAUAAGAAUAUUAUAUUUUUAUCUGAACUGAUAUUGGACCAUCUUUGUUUUUUAUUAUGCCACUAAAUUUUAACACCUGUUGUCACUUCAAGGUUGUUUUUGUGAUGUGCUACGCAAAUAAAUUGUAAGAAGAGUUUGAUAACUGCAGUACAUGAUCAUCAGGUUGUUUGCAUGGAGUGCUUGAAUGCAUUUGUUGCAACAAGGGUGUAUGUGAGAGUGAUUUUGUGGUGAAUGUUUAAAAUGUGUCUGUCAGGGAUAGUGAGUGUGUAAGGAUAUUGUGUAUACAUUAAAUGAUUUUGUAUGAGAAGUAAACAUAGAUGUGUAAGUCAUGUUAGACAGAUUAUAUUGACAUUUCCAGGUGAAGAUUUCAGACAGAAUUCUAGUCUUGAACAGCAGUUCAUCGCCAUUUAGUUGAUAUUCUAUUUAAUACAUUUAUUUAGACUUCAUAUAGCUUGUUAUCAUAAAUAGGCUGUAAUUCCAAGUUUCUUUGUUUUAAAUUCUUUCUUUCAUUUCUUCAUAACUGGCAUACAAUUAAGAACAAGUAAGCGCUCAAAUCUUAUAUCCACCGUCAGAAUUGAGAAUGAAGAAAAGGUUCUUGGAGUAAUCACUUGUCAAGUGUUAUGUAGGAUUGAUAGAUUUUAAAGGUUUUAAAAAGGAUUUUUGUUCACACAAGAAUAAAAUUGUGAUAUUAUCUUGUUUCAGAAUGUGAAGCAAAUUUCUAGGUAAACAGAUAGAUUGAAGAGAAAAAUGAUGAUUUAUCAGGAGGCUGUUUAUGAAAGAAUGAGUUUUCAGGUUUGACAAUCACUGACAAGGCCAGCACUUAUUUCUUCCCAAUAAUAAAUUACCACUGAAAUGAUAGAUAGUUUGCAGCCUCGGUUUUUUCAGUGUAAGGGGAGAUAACUCAUGGAUAUAUGAAUUCGUCCAUUUUGUGAGCAUGUUUUUUUCUUCAUUAAUAAUGCCAAUGAUUUGGAGUAUCGUAUCAGAAGCAGACAUUCAAUCGUUGACACAUGAAAACACAGAAUAAUUUUGUGCAAUGCUUAUAUGAAACACUUUUCUUUAACAUCUUGGCCACUUAUUAUAUCAUGAAGUAAGCUUUUAGUUGCAUUCAUUAUCAUUAUAUUAGAAGAAAUUCACAUAACAAUUCUUUAUUUAUUAUAUUUAGAAACAGUAUGUCUUGCUGAUCUGAACAAAGGAAAUAAAAGUGUAACAGUAAAUACAUGUAUGUUAGAUUUUCCCUUUGACAGAAUCUGUUCAUAUCGAAAUCUACACCAACAAAACUAUUAAAAUAUAUAUAAUUAGUUAAAUCAAGAGCAGAUUUUUUCACAAAUUUGAUACAAAUGUGUACUAUACAUUAAUGUUAAUCUACCAGAAUGCUAGAUAAUUAGCUUGUGCAAAUAUUACUUGGGUAAUACACGCUUCUUCACAGUAUAUUAUAUACUUUGUCGAAUAUAAACAUGUUUAUUAAUGGUCCAAUAUUUACACUGGAUGCAUGAAAAUCUUGCUAAAAAUAUACAAUAUCCUAGUUGUCACAGUUUCCAACCAUGUAUUAUAUUAGCUCACCUGGUUUAGACUGUGUGGGUAUUGUCCAAAACUUGUCUGGAACAUUUGAGGAAGGUGAACAUUUUGUAGAAAUGGUGAGUUUGGGCCCCUGUAACAUCAGAGACAGGGCCAAUUUAGGUAAUCGUUCAAAUUUAGGAAUUAAGAUAGUUUUAUUAGGUGAAAGGGGAUAUCAAUUUUGUAUAAAUGAUAAUUCUUCUUUAGUUGGAAUAACAGGAUUUUGUUCAUGUAUUGAUCUGAGGUAUCCUUGGGUGAAAGGAAUAAAUGUUAUGUUAACAGCAGUUUUGAAACCCAUUGAUAGGAGGUUGGGUUUUAGAAGAGAAAUAGAAAACAACCCUUCUGGUAUGAGAUAGGAGCAGGAUUGCCUGAAGCAUCCGUGGAUUAAAAGGAAUCAAUUUAGUAUUACAGUAGGUCUUGGUUUUUCAGGGCUGGAAGAACAGGACUAAAUUAGAGAAAUAGAACAAAAUCCUUCUGAAUAACAAAAAGACAUAACAAGCUCACCUGAGCCACAGGGUCAUCCUUUUGAUUAGACUAUGAACAUGUUUGGGUGAAGGGACUUGUAUUAUAUAAACAAGUCUGGCACAGUCCUGGACACUGAAUGGCAUGGCCUUAACAGAGGAAAGGAGGACAUAAAAAAAUUUUUUCUCCUAAAGUGAUGAAGUUAAAGUGAUUUUAAUCAAAAUUGGUAUGGAACAGUAGUGGAUGAAGAAUAAUAAACAUGAUAGAAAAUGCUGGGUUCCAAUACUGUUUAAACUAAAUUAGCAAGAAUUAUUUUUGGACCAACCAUGGAGUUGUUAUAUUUAUAAUAUUGCCAUAAAUGAGAAUGUUUUGUCAUGAUAGCUGAAAUAUCCAUGUGAUUGAUACUACAUGUAGCCUUCCUGUCAUCUUGUAAAUAAUUUACUGCUGAAGUUGUUGGACAUGAGUGAAAGUUAAACAGUAUACUGUGGCUUUCUUUAAUAAUUUCUCAAUAAGAAAGCACCCUUGUGCAUCGUAACUCUGGAACAUGUAAUUAUUACAUGAUACAUUUUAAAGGUAGAUUACCAAAAUAGACAAUAUAAGUACAUUGUACCAGUGAGUUUGGGAUGAAAAAAUGAGGUACAAAAAGGAUUGGCAGUUGCAUUUCUAUUGCUUGGUGGAUCUGGAUAACAAGUAUACACACAUAUGACUGCCACUAGAAACAUAGGGAAGUUAUUGACAAUCACAGUACUGUUGUCUUGUAAUCCGAUUGUGUCAGACUGAAUAUUGUUUUUGUUUUUAAAAGGUUGAAUAAUAGGAUUUUUUAACAAUGGUCCUUACUUGUCAGAAAUGAAUCCCCAAACAGUUGUACUGCAUCGCCACCUGUCUGUUUUUAGUAAUCAUGUAUACGUGUGAUUCUCUUGAGCUAUUUGUUAAUUACUUGGUGUCAAGUGUCACAAGCAAUGGAAGCUGUUGACAUUAAAACUUUAUAUAUGAACUGUACCACUGAAACAGAAGUCAAUAAAAUAAAUGAAAUAAUACUUA